AUGAUGCAGUGGUCGUCCUUCGUUCAAAAAGCCCAGUCAUUCAUUGACCCGGCCAACUUCAACCUUCCUACUCUCACCUCAUCCGAUCGCAAUCCCUCUAAGGCCUCCCUGUUUCGCCAGCAAUUUCGCCUCCCCGACUCUCAAAAUCCGUUGCAGGAAAUCACCGCAGAACUCGUUCUUCCGAUUCCACAUACCUCCUCUCCGACCAGCCAAGGGGACGCCUCGCGCAAUAUCGAACGCGCCGGCAACCGCUAUGCCGGCCGACUUCACCUGAGCGAACGAUAUAUCUGUUUCUCCACGCAACCGACGAGUUUUGCGCCCUCUGCCACGUUGGGGGCAUCUACCUACUGGGCCGGCCAGACGAAUGGUACGGGCCCGUCGGGAAAUGGCUUCACCAUUCCGCUGUGUUGCAUCCGCCGAGUUGAGCGGCUCAACAGCCUGAGCCAUGUGUUCUCCCUGGCUCUGACGACGUGGAACGGUGCGCUGGGGAAGCAGCAAAGCUCCGGCUUCGUCCCCCAACGAUUCACCAUCCAGCUGGUCGGGAGCAGGCAGGCCUGUGAACGUUUCUGCGAUGGCCUGAAGAAAGGACUGCGCGAGGGCAUGAAAGAGAUUGAAAACCUGCGAGUAGUGGUCAAUGAUUGCUAUUCGGAAUACCUCCUUUCCGGAGCCAAAUCCAAGGGCCAGGAAGGGGACGGCUCCGAGCUGCACCAGCCACCCGAUGCCGGGCUGGGGAUGAUCUUCCGCUACCCCGGUGAUGCCCGUAAACUUCGGGAUCGGAAACCUGCGUUGACUCCCUCGAUCUCACCGGUAGAAAAUGGCCGUAAUGCGACUCUCAUUCGGCAGCCCACCUUUCACAAACUGAUCCGCGUGGGCCUUCCCAACCGCCUCCGCGGUGAAAUCUGGGAGAUCGCUUCGGGUUCGUUGUAUCUGCGUCUGCGGUCGCCCAAGCUGUAUACCGAGACGCUUUCCAAAUUCUCCGGACAAGAAUCUCUCGCGAUCGACGAGAUUGAAAAAGACCUAAAUCGAAGUUUGCCGGAGUACGCUGGAUUCCAGAGCGAGGAAGGAAUCGGACGGCUACGACGGGUGCUCACGGCCUACAGCUGGACCAACGCCGAGAUCGGUUACUGCCAGGCCAUGAAUAUCGUCGUGGCCGCUUUGUUGAUAUAUAUGUCGGAGGCGCAAGCCUUUUUCCUGCUUUCGGUUUUAUGCGACCGUCUCCUCCCGGGUUAUUAUUCGACGACCAUGUACGGCACGUUACUUGAUCAGAAGGUUUUCGAGUCCCUGGUGGAAAAGACUAUGCCGGUUCUGUGGGACCACCUUGCCAAAUCCGACGUUCAACUUUCGGUUGUCUCCUUGCCGUGGUUUCUCUCCCUCUACAUCAACUCGAUGCCGCUGGUAUUUGCAUUCAGGGUUUUGGAUGUGUUCUUCCUGGAAGGGCCCAAGGUUCUUUUCCAGGUCGGCCUUGCCAUUCUGCGAGUCAACGGCGAGGAGCUGUUGGAUAUCCAGGAUGACGGGUCCUUUAUCUCCGUAUUGAAGUCAUACUUUUCUCGCCUGGACGAGUCUGCUCACCCGAGAUCCGAGAACCCCAAGCUGCGAGCGAUCACCCGAUUCCAGGAAUUGAUGGUCGUGGCUUUCAAGGAAUUUUCCGGUAUCACUCAUCAAACCAUCACCGAUCAACGGGAGAAGCAUAAAGAUGCGGUGCUGGAAAACAUCGAGAGCUUCGCUAAGCGCACCUCCAUCCGGAACCUUGGGCCAGAAAGCAAAAAGCUGAGCAUGGACGAUCUGGGCGUGAUCUACGACCGGUUCUACGAGGUCCUUUAUGACCGUCAACAAAGACAAAAACUUCUAGACGAGGAAACGAAGCGCCAGGAGAAGAAGCGAGUCGAGCGAACUUCGAUCUUAGGUCCACCGGUAGACCGUGAAAUAGGUCGCGUGGGUCUUGGCCCCAGUCCGACUCACAUGGAUUACGACGCUUUCCGCGACUUCCUCGCUGCUACAGCCAAGUGGGCCGUAGGCGACACCCCCGGGUCUUCCCGCAAGCAAUCGUCGGGCGAGCUCAGUUUGAACAGCCUUAGAGGGUAUGGAAAGUCCGCCGCGUCGUGGAACAAGCAAUCUGAACCCGCCGAUCACGAAUUUAUGCAACGCUUGUUCCGCAAAUGGGCUACAGAUCCAUCUGAAGGACUUAGCUUGCAGAAUGCGGUCAAUGGACUGGCGCGUCUGAAGGGUCCGCGAGAUAUUAUGAACAAUAUCAAUUACUUCUUCGACUUGUACGACGACCAUGGCAAUGGCCAGGUUGAUCGCGAAGGCAUCCUGAGAAUCUCCGAAGCAUUGCUUUUCCUUUCUCGUCGCGGUUUUGACGGCACUAUUACGCCGACUCAAUCCAUCGAGGAGCUUGGCGCUGCAAACGACCGUGAGCACCCCGACCAUGACCGGCUGAGUACGGAUGAGAAAUUUUUGGGAAGUGUCAGCUCAUUCAUCCGCCGGUGCUUCGAGUAUGCCGAUCCCAGCAAGCCGGAGGAUUCCAAGAACCUGGAAGAAACGGCGGACAAGCUGGGUUCAUUCAGCAUCGGGGAAGAUGAGGAGGACCUGAUCGAUGUGGGCGAGGAAAAAACCAAGUCUUCCCCUACUGCCCCAGGGAACGACAGCCCCGGGGCGCAGAAUGACGCAAAGGCUCCCGAAGCUGCAAAUCCCGCCCUGGAUCCCAACAACCCUCUACAUAUCACCCUCCCCACCUUCCGGAUGGUCAUCUUGGCCGACGAACUGCUCGAACAGUUCUUCGACUCCUUUUUCCCUCAGUCCUUCCGUCUUUCCAAUCACCCGCAUCCUGCCUCUGUCGCCACUUCUCUCUCUUCCAACCUUACAACCUUCUCCAAUAUCAACACCGCCAAGUCACACGGCAGCGCCGCUUCGGGCGCCUCCGUUGCAGGCGCAUCGGGAGGCAUCGUGCCCCCGGGCAAGGGUCUCCGCGGUGUUCUCGACAACAUAGUUACGGACGGAAUCCGCAUGGCCGCCGAGGUCAAGAAGCGGAUGGACGAGGCGCAGCGUGAAUUGGAGCGCAACGCGCUCAGCCGCGAAGACGAGGAGGAGGAGGAUGAUGACGACUACGACCCCCGUAACAGCUCGUCCACACCCGCCAUCGUGGGCGGCAUCUCAAGCUGGGGAGCCGGCGCGUAUGGGGCAGACCCUGAACGCCGGAGCGUCCGCGACGCGGACCGUGAUCUUCUCGAAGGAGCGGAAGUCGUCAGCAUCCACAAGAAGGACGAGGCCUCCUUGUUGGACGACAAGGAGGGACAACAGCACCACGGUGGUCCCUCGGAGGCUGGCAAUAGCAAUGAUGCCCAACGGCAGCAACGAUCACAAGAUUCGGAUCAACACAACGUGAGCAAGGUUGAGUUCGAGUCAUAA